UGAUAUUCCUUAAACAAUGCAAAAAUCUAAAGUUACUAAUCGAUUAUGUAGACUACCUGGUCGUUUAGAUGGGAAAUUAGUUAUUGUAACUGGUGCAAAUAUUGGUUGUGGACUUGAAUUAAGCGGUGAAUUAGCACGUCGUGGAUGUACUGUAAUUAUGGCAUGUCGAGAUUUAGAAAAAGGAUUUUUAGGAAAAGAAGUUCUACUUGAUCGAUUUGGUGAUAGAAGUCAAGAGAAAUGGAGAAAAUCACCAGCUGGUCCUGGAGUUGAACCAUUUCUUGAUGUUAUUAAAACAGCACAGUUAAUUGUUGAACAUUUGGAUUUAGCUUGUUUAGAAUCAAUUCGUCACUUUGCUAAAAAUAUUUUACGUCAAUAUACACGAUUAGAUAUAUUAAUACAUAAUGCUGGAAUGAUGGCUACUAGUUACAUGGAAACACAUGAUGGAUUUGAAUUACAAAUGGGUGUUAAUCAUUUAGGUCCUGUAUUAUUAACUGAAUUAUUAUUACCAUUAUUAUAUAAUGGUGCACCAUCACGUGUUAUUGUAAUUGCUUCAAAUUUAUAUCAACAAGGUGAUAUUGAUGUGAAUAAUUUAAAUUUACGCGGUGAACAAUAUGGACCAUUUAAAGCAUAUAAUCAAUCAAAAUUAGCUAAUGUUUUAUAUGUUCGUGAAUUAGCUAAACAAUUAGAUAGUUUAAAAGUGAUACCAAUGGCUGUACAUCCUGGUGCAGUAAGAACAGAAAUAUCAAAUACAGGAGAUCAUAGAUAUCAGUUAUUUCUACGUGCUGUUGGUAUAAGUCCAUGGGAAGGAGCACAAACUGCAUUAUAUUGUACAUUAAUUAAUGAUCCAGUACCUGGUGGAUAUUAUUCUAAUUGUGAAAGAGAAGAAUUAACUGAAAAAGCAUUAAAUGAAUCACUUAGUAAAAAAUUAUGGGAUGCAUCACGUGAAAUGGUUGGUUUACCACCGAAUUUAUUAAGUUUACCAUAA